AUGCCCCCCAACGAGCGCGGAGAUUGUGUUGUUUGCCACUGCCCCAUCCAUCCGAAGGCACACUGGAACGGCUACGUGAGAGUUAGGCAGCAGCAGUACGGGCCAUUCGAAUGUAUCAAGGUCCUGCUGAACAGGGGGGCGAGUCUAUUGCCGGUGGAUGACGACGAUUAUACGGCUCUCCUCGUCUCCGCCCAACACGGACAGCUCUCCAUGACGAAUUUGCUGCUAGAAGCGGGGGCACAGCACGACGCGCUAAGCUGUCAAGGCUUCACACCGCUUCACGUGGCGGCGAUCGGAGGGCACUCGAGCGUCAUGGAAGCGCUGAUCGGGGCCGACGCAAACGCCAACAGCCGGGCGCCUAACGGGCAGACGGCGUUGCACAUUGCGGUGCUAGCAGGGCACGUAGACGCCGCCAGGGUUCUCCUUGGUGCGGGAGCGAACCCCCUUCUGUCCACAAGGAUGUCGUCGGGAAACACUUUUGUCCCGUUGGACGGGGCCGCGCUUAACGGGCAUCUGGCGGUGGCACGCGAGCUGAUGCCCUCGGUCAGGCCGCCGUGGACCAGCACCUGGACGAGAUGGCCCUGUUGUGCUACGCCGGAGUUUUUGGAUACCGGAAACGCCCUGGUCGCCGCCGUCUUUCUCUGGCGGGUGAUGGCUCUGAAGUUCCCGCUGGAACAGAAGGAGGAAGGGACUGCUCGAAUGACUUACGCAAGUACCCCCCGUGACGGCAGAGGCCACAUACCCUUGCUCUCGGCUGUUACCACUGGCCCCUGCUCUCCCAGAGUCGUGCGGUUGCUCGUCGACGCCGGACCGGACGCGACACUGGCUGUUCGCGUCCCGGAUGGGUUUGGGCGGUCGACCAAGUACACGCCGCUAGACUGUGCAACACGCUGCCUCGCUGAAAGGGUGGUCGACGAGGACUACGCCACCGCACAGCAGCUGCGCAACCUCCGGGCCAGCCGCCGCUUACUGUUGCAAGUGGAGGCGCUUCACGCGACGUCUUGGCUGUGGGGAGGCCAUGCGGGCUGUCCCGCUGCGCUGGGCAAAAAGCGAGCCCAGACGGAGUUGACGAAUGGAAAGCCGCUAAAGUCGAGGUUGCCGAUCAUGUGGCGACGGAGUGCGAGACGUGGUGCGACCUUGCCGGGCGUGUUCAGCUGGUGCAGGUUCGCAAAGAAGGCUUGAUAGGGAUAUCCCUACAGGGAUCGAAAGAGAGAUCGAGACAGAUAUAUACAGAGAACAAGGGAGAGAGACAGAGAGAGAGACACACACAGAGGGGUUGAUCCCUGGCUUGUGUAGGCAGCCGAUGGAGUGGCGUAUGGAACAGUGGAAAAGAGGGUGACGCCGCCGCGUUCGAGAGGGAGGUGGUGAUGCAUUUAGCUUUAACGAGUCGCCCGUGAUACACGUCAUUGCUUGCCCAGCACCCGAUUGUUGCGUUCACGACAUUUUUUUUGUUCUAGAAGCAGGACAGGAUGUUGGUGAAGGUGGCUUGCGCUGAAAAUUUUUGAGUGUCCUAUCAUCCGCCAAGAACCUUUGCUAUCCGCGCGCCAGGCUACGGUAGACAGCUAUUGUUUGAUGCCACUACAAUUGUCCGUUUGUCUGGCCCGCUUGGUUGAUUUCUUAGGAGGUGCGGGUGACCUUUUCACCUAGUAAAAUGAAGAAAGCAGGCGCGUAGGAAAUUCCGGUGUUUAUCUCUUACUUACGCUAUUGUACAGGCACUAUGCGUAGAUGGUGGUACGGGUCUAGUUUCGAUUGUCGGAUGGAUAUCCAAACUGAGAUAGGUGAAGGGCGUAGAGAAGGUAGAUCAUGGGCGGCGUCGACCGUGGUCGCUGUUCUAAGGUCC